AUGUUGGGGAUUGCUGAGGGUUUUAUAGCUCUAGUGGUAGUUCUCCUGAUUUUGCAGUUCCUGAAGCUGCAACGGAUGCGCACCCGGCUUCCUCCAGGACCAGUUCCCCUCCCCAUCAUCGGAAAUCUGUGGCUGCUGGACUUCAAACUCCGUCGAGAAACUCUCGCUAAGUUCACCACCACCUACGGGAGCGUCUAUACCUUGUGGAUGGGACAGACCCCGUUGGUUGUACUAAACGGCUACAAAGCAGUGAAAGAUGGCAUCGUCACCCACUCUGUGGAAGUUUCCGGAAGACCUCUCACCCCAUUCUACAGGGAUAUGAUGGGCGAGAAAGGUAUUUUUCUGACCAGCGGGCACACCUGGAAGCAACAGAGACGCUUUGGCAUGACGAUUUUAAGAAGCCUGGCACUUGGCAAGAACAAUUUGGAGCAUCAAAUUCAGACAGAGGCCCGUCACCUCGUGGACAUCUUUGCAAACACAAAAGGAGCACCUUUCGACCCCCACACUUCCAUUGUCCAGGCUAUUGCAAAUAUAAUCUGUGCUGUUGUUUUUGGUCAUCGCUUCGCCAGUCAGGAUGAAUCUUUCAGGAGGCUUAUCAAAGCUGUUAACUUUGUGAUCUACAUUCAAGCCACUGUCUGGGGCAGGAUGUAUGACGCUUUCCCGUGGCUUAUGCAGCACCUCCCAGGACCCCACCAGAAAGCGUUUGCGUACAAUGACUUCAUGCACGCUCUAGUUAGGAAAGAGGUCCAGACUCACGAGAGACAGAAUGCAGGGGAUCCGCAGGAUCUCAUAGACUUCUACCGAGCUCAAAUAGCAAAAACCAAAGAUGACCCCACUUCGACGUUUAAUAACGACAAUAUGGUUCAGACUGUGGUUGAUCUUUUGCUGGGAGGGACAGAAACAACAAGUACCACCCUUCUCUGGGCACUGCUCUACAUGGUACAACACCCAGAAAUACAAGAAAAGGUGCAAAGAGAGAUAGAGGCUGUUCUGGAACCCUCCCAUCUCAUCAGCUACGAAGACCGUAAAAAACUGCCAUAUACAAACGCUGUGAUCCAUGAAGCUUUGCGGUACAGCAACGUCACUGCUGUUGGGGUCCCCCGACAAUGUGUGAGGAAUACGACCGUGCUGGGGUUUCACCUUCAAAAGGGCACGCUCGUGCUGCCAAACCUGCACUCCGUUGUGUACGACUCCGAGCACUGGGCGACCCCUUGGAAGUUCAACCCAAAUCAUUUCCUUGAUGCGGAUGGCAACUUCGUGAACAAAGAGACAUUCCUACCUUUCUCAGCAGGGCACCGUGUGUGUUUGGGGGAACAGAUGGCACGAGCUGAACUGUUCAUCUUCUUCACCAACCUCCUCCGGGCGUUCACAUUCCGGCUCCCCGAGGGAACAAAGGGAAUCAACGCAGGGUACACCUUGGGUGCGAUACUGCAGCCACAUCCGUACCAACUCCGCGCUGUUCCACGCUAG